GCUGAAUACAUAAAUAUUAAGCCUAAUUACAGAGUAAUUACAGGUAAACAAAUAUGGAAUAAUUGACAUAUUCCUGUUCUAUCACCAUUAUUUCUUAUUUGGACCCAAUAUCCUCCUUUUGAUCUCAGUUACUAUAAGUCAAAUUCACAUCACAUGCAGAAGCAAAGCACCUGAAACCCAAAAAGGAAGAGAAGAUAAACAGAGAAAGCUUCAAGAAAUCACCAUUUUCUUCCGAAAUCUUGCUUGGCGUAAAGGGAUUUGAAGAUCUUUGAAAAAAUCUACAGUCUUGGAAAAAUUUGUUCUGAAACUUGCGGACCAAGUAUGAAAUUAAAACUAUAAAUUGAGAGGAGGAGUGAAGAGUGAAGACGUUCAUUUGCAUAAUUCAGAAAAUGAAGGAAAGAAAAAUAUCGGUAAGCAUGGAACGGCAAAGCAAGAAGCUAAAAGUGGAUUCUAGUGAGGAAAACAAUGUGACAGAGUGUGGUGAAGGUUCAUCAAGUUUAUGUUGCAAGAAUUGGCAAUCAUCAUAUUCUUCUUCAUGUGAGCCUUGGUUUCUCUUGUAUGGGGAAGGUUCUCAGUGUUCGCUGCUAAUCAACGAUGAUCAACACAAGAAGUUCACAAUGGAAAUCCCAGAAUUGGAUGGAGCUACUUGCCUUGCAUCCAAAGAUGGGUGGCUUCUUCUAUUUGACCAGGGCUCAGUGUUCUUCCUCAACCCAUUUUCAAGAGCCAAAAUUGAUCUUCCAAAGAUCCCCUUUUCAGAACUCUCUGAUGAUUCUGAGUACAUUGCAGCAUUUUCAUGCGCCCCUACAUCGAAAGAAAACUGCACAGUUGCUGUAAUCAAGCGGUGGGAAUACAUUGGGAUUCAACUCUAUUUGCAUAAUUGUCAAGGUGGUGGUGACAAUUGGGCUGAGCAUGAACAUAUUUGCACUCUUGCAGAUUUGAGCACAAUUAGAGUUGCUGUGUACGAAGAAGGGGUUUUCCACAUUUUUGAUGGGUUCUACGGGUCGGUUACAUUUGAUGCCAGGACUGAAAAAUGGAGAACCAGAAUUGAAUUUUCAUCAAUGAAAAAACUUGACAGUGGAGGGAGGAACUGUAAGAUAAGCAGAAAGUGGUUUUGGACGAGUAAUUUAAGGGAGAAACUGGGGCUUGAAGGUGAUUUUUCUGUUUCCAUAUGCGGGACGCUGAUUCCACAUUCAGAUGAUGAAGUUGACUUGCUGAUUCAGAAUGAGAACCUUGAGGGUUCUCAAGGGUCUAAGGGCCGUCACUUUAAAGGGGUGUGGAUCCAACCACCAAGACUCUUUCAAUUACCUGCAGAUGAAAGAUUGGUAGCUUGAUAUCUUGUUGUUCCUUCUUCUGAGUUUGGGUUUAUUAGUAGGUAUAUAUAAUCAGACUUGAGAUUUUGUUCUAUUCUUUUGGUCUUUGAUCAGAAUUGCUCUGUGAUAAGGAUUUGGAAAAGAAUACAAGAUAUAACUACCACAGAUAUUGCUAUUGUAGCUUGAUAUCUGGCUGUUGUUUGUUUUGGGUUUAGUUUAGCAGAAUUACUAGUGGGAUAUGUAGUCACUGAGACUUGACAUUUUGUUCUAUUGUUUUGUUCAUGUAGUCACUGAGACUUGAGAUUUUGUUCUAUUGUUUUGUUCAGAAUUGCUCUAUGAUAAGGAUUUUGGAAAUGAAAAAUA